AUGGCGCAAGCCCACACCCGUGGUUCCCUGUGUCCCCUGCUGCUGCCUGGUAGGAUGUCCUGGCCCCACGGGGCUCUCCUGCUCCUGUGGCUCUUUUCCCCACCCCUGGGAGCCGGUGGGGGCGGUGUGGCCGUGACCGCAGCUGCUGGAGGAGGGUCCCCGCCAGCCACCUCCUGCCCGGCAGCCUGCUCCUGCAGCAACCAGGCCAGCAGGGUGAUCUGCACACGGAGGGAGCUGGCGGAGGUGCCUGCCAGCAUCCCUGUCAACACCCGCUACCUGAACCUGCAAGAGAACAGCAUCCAGGUGAUCCGCACAGACACAUUCAAGCACCUCCGGCACCUGGAGAUCCUGCAGCUGAGCAAGAACCUGGUGCGCAAGAUCGAGGUGGGCGCCUUCAAUGGGCUGCCUAGUCUCAAUACACUGGAGCUCUUCGACAACCGGCUGACCACGGUGCCCACACAGGCCUUCGAGUACCUGUCCAAGCUCCGGGAGCUGUGGCUGCGCAACAACCCCAUCGAGAGCAUCCCAUCCUAUGCCUUCAACCGCGUGCCCUCACUGCGCCGCCUGGACCUGGGCGAACUCAAGCGGCUGGAGUACAUAUCAGAGGCGGCCUUCGAGGGGCUGGUGAACCUGCGCUACCUCAAUCUGGGCAUGUGCAACCUCAAGGACAUCCCCAACCUCACAGCGCUUGUGCGCCUGGAGGAGUUGGAGCUGUCGGGGAACCGGCUGGACCUAAUUCGCCCCGGCUCCUUCCAGGGCCUCACCAGCCUGCGCAAGCUGUGGCUGAUGCACGCCCAAGUAGCCACCAUCGAGCGAAAUGCCUUUGACGACCUCAAGUCGCUGGAGGAGCUGAACCUGUCCCACAACAACCUGAUGUCGCUGCCACACGACCUUUUCACGCCCCUGCACCGCCUGGAGCGAGUCCACCUCAACCACAACCCUUGGCACUGCAACUGUGAUGUGCUGUGGCUCAGCUGGUGGCUGAAGGAGACGGUACCCAGCAACACCACAUGCUGCGCACGCUGCCACGCGCCCGCUGGCCUCAAAGGCCGCUACAUCGGUGAGCUGGACCAGUCACACUUCACCUGCUACGCCCCAGUCAUCGUGGAGCCACCCACAGACCUCAAUGUCACCGAGGGUAUGGCGGCUGAACUCAAGUGCCGCACAGGCACAUCCAUGACCUCCGUCAACUGGCUGACACCUAACGGCACGCUCAUGACGCAUGGUUCCUACCGCGUGCGCAUCUCAGUCCUGCACGACGGCACGCUCAACUUCACCAAUGUCACCGUGCAGGACACGGGCCAGUACACAUGCAUGGUCACAAACUCGGCCGGAAACACCACUGCCUCAGCCACGCUUAAUGUGUCGGCUGUGGACCCAGUGGCUGCAGGGGGGGCUGGGGGCGGGGGUCCCGGGGGUGGGGCCGGUGCCGGGGGCGCGGGUGGCUACACUUACUUCACCACGGUGACCGUGGAGACGCUGGAAACACAGCCGGGUGAGGAGUCCCAGCAACCCCGGGGUACAGAAAAGGAACCCCCGGGGCCCACGACUGACGGAGCGUGGGGCGGUGGCCGGCCUGAUGCCGCAGCCCCGGCCUCGGCGUCCACCACAGCGCCGGCCCCACGUUCCUCGCGGCCCACGGAGAAGGCGUUCACGGUGCCCAUCACGGAUGUAACGGAGAACGCGCUUAAGGACCUAGACGACGUCAUGAAGACCACCAAAAUAAUCAUUGGCUGCUUCGUGGCCAUCACCUUCAUGGCCGCUGUGAUGCUGGUGGCCUUCUACAAGCUGCGCAAGCAGCACCAGCUGCACAAGCACCACGGGCCCACGCGCACUGUGGAGAUCAUCAAUGUGGAGGACGAGCUUCCCGCCGCCUCCGCCGUGUCGGUGGCCGCGGCCGCUGCGGUAGCCGGAGGCGCGGGCGUGGGCGGGGACAGCCACCUGGCCCUUCCGGCGCUGGAGCGAGACCACCUCAACCACCACCACUACGUGGCCGCCGCCUUCAAGGCACACUACGGCGGCAACCCAGGAGGCGGGUGCGGGGCCAAGGGUCCCGGCCUCAACUCCAUCCACGAACCUCUGCUCUUCAAGAGUGGCUCCAAGGAGAAUGUGCAAGAGACACAAAUCUAA